AUACAUCCGAAUAAAUUCAUGUUAUUAUAAUGAUGAAUAUUCACAAUUACAAAUUUGUAAAGAACUAGAAGAACAAAUUGGAACAAACAUAUGGCCUGUAAAAGGAAUUGAUGGUUUUUUUGGGCUAGAUGGGAAGUGUAGGAUUGUUGAUUGUAAAGCAUAUAAAGAAGGAAAGAUAUUUGGUAUAGAUUUAAGUUCGGGGAUCGCUGUUUACGCACUUGAUAUUCAUCCAAAUGAUCAUAUUCUUGAUUUAUGUUGUGCUCCGGGUGCAAAAUUAUGCAUGAUAUCUAACAUCUUGGGCACAAAGGGGAGUGGUACGGUCACGGGAGUAGAUAUUUCACGUGAUCGAGCAGCAACGUGUCGAAGUUUAUUGAAAAAAUACAAGAUAAGUCGAGCUAGAUUAUUUGUUGCAGAUGGUAUAACUUUUAAUGUACCUGCGCCAUCCUUUUUGGAACCGAUAAUACAAAUGAUUAGUAAGAAUGAACAACACAAGUUAGGUGAAAAUUACACAUCAGCAUCAAAAGGAAUGGCAGAAGAAUUGGCAAGAACAAAUAGCCAAGAGAGAUAUGACAAUGAACUAAAUGAUAAAAGCCAAAAACGAAUCAAGCCAUUUUGGGCACCAAAAAUAUUGCGAAAUGACCCACAAAUAAGUGCGGUUUAUCAAUUGUAUGAUAAGCGAAAUCUUUUAAAAAAUGGAUGGUCACUAUUAAAGCCUGGUGGAAUUCUUGUAUAUAGCACAUGCAGCCUUUCCUAUAAACAAAAUGAAGAUGUUAUUGGGUGGUUUCUUUCUCAUUUUCCUAAUUCCAAAUUAGAACCUAUCCCAAAUAUAAAUAACAUGACAGUAGCACCCUUAAAAAAGAGUAAAUAUGUAGAGGUCGACAUAUCGAAUGCUGUUAGAUUUGAUCCGAUUUAUUCUAACACAUCUGCACUCAUUAAAAUUGAAAUAAUUGAUGAAAAAAAUAGUGGAAAAAAGAAUGGGGUUUUCAAGAAUUCAGUUUUGUUUAAAGUAGCACAUCUUUUGACAAAGCUAUUAGAAGACUUAAGGCUAACAGGUUCAACCAUCUCAUCACAAAAAGUACAAAAAUUCUCUAAUGAAGAGAAAUUUUUAACUUUUCUUCCACAUAGUGGAUUCAACAAUCAAUUUCUCUCUUUAAGAAACGCUAUAAUUUUAUCAUAUCUUACAAACAGAACGUUAAUAAUGCCAUCAAUAAUAAUUGACAAGAAAAUUACUCAUAGUGGAUUCAAAAAACUUUAUAAUAAACUUAAAGAUGCGGAUACUUUAAAGAAGGCCAGAUUAUCAUGCCCAAACCAAAAAAAUACAGCAACCAAUAAAUAUUGUAAUAACCGUUACAAGUCCAACGAUAAAUUUUCAAUGAUGUAUUGGGAUGAAUUGAUGGAUUUUACAAUUCUAAAAAAACACAUUAGAAUAAUUAAUCGUGGUCAUGAAUUUAGUCUUGAUACCUUAAAAAAAUCGGUUGAAAGCAUUUAUUAUGUUAGAGAGACAAAACGUUACGGAUUUCAAUAUUUUGAUAUGAAUAAUACAACUCAAUCAUUAGGAAGUCAAUAUGAACGAAAGUUUUUUAUUUCUGAAUUAACAUCCAGACCAGAAACAUUAAUACAUUUUGGAUCAUUGCACGGAUCUCGAAGGAUAGUUUUAGAUGAUGAGAAAAGCCAAGAUUUCUUGAAUGAAUUAAAGAGGAAUUUGAGAUUUAAUCAUUCAAAAUUGAAACUUUGUGUUGAAAAAAUUAUCAAUGAAUUAGGUGGAACAAAGAAUUAUAUUGGAGUUCAUAUAAGAACCGGUGAGAAAAGCAGGCUCGAUGAAAUGUUUAGAAUUCAAGUAAAUGAUACAAUUGACACUAUUUUUGAACAAGUAAACUACUACUCCUUAAAUGGAAAACUUAACGUUAAUACUAUAAAAUGCCAACAUCCAAUAAUUUACGUGGCAACAGAUACAAGUCAUCCUGAUCAAACUUUUAAAAACUUUUAUUCGAAAUAUAGCCCUUGUAUUUUUUCAUUAAAGGAUUUUAAACAUCAUUUAAACAUUUUUGAUGAUGUAAGAACUUAUAAUAAUUACACAUUAAAACGUUUUUUUACACCUUUAGUGGAUUUAUUGGUCGCUUCUAAUGGUGGUUACUUCGUUGGUACUAGAAAAAGUACUUUCUCGAAGGUGGCUCAGGAAAUUCAUGAUUUUCAGAUAAUGUAA